CAUUUUUCAUGUGAGACCAGCAGCCACAUCAAUAAAACAAUUUUAUUAUCGGCAAACUUCAAUGGGCUUCAUCGGCAUUCCUCUACAGAGACGCACGAGACGGUCACUGACGGUGACGGUAACGGUGACGCCGGCGUAAAUCUAACGGACUAAUGAAGACGAUGCUCCGUUCUCCUUUCUCCGUCGUACUCUCCCUCUUCAUCCAAGCCCUUACACUAGCCGUAGCUCUCGAUCCUUCGCAGCCGGACGAAUCCACCAUCACCGCAACGCCGAUUUUACAGGAUGUGUUGAAGGAGAUAUCGGUGAGGCAGAAGUGGAAUCUAACGGAGGUUAGAUUUUCGAAAUUGGAAGUCAAGAAGCUUCGUGUAGGUACUGGCCGGAGUUUCGAGAUCCGGAUCCGAUUAGGGAAGAGCAGAUUCGUUUUCGUCUUCCCUGACGAAGUGACCGAUUGGAGAAGAAGCGGCGGAGGAAAGCAGGUGGAGUUGAUGGAGGUGGUCCGGGAAGUCAAUUCGAGUAAAGUUCUUGAUCCGAUCGUGUUGAAAGGUCCACUUGAACUGCGAGUCGCCGGAGAAGAUAACCUUCUCUCGCUUGCCUUGCCGAUGAACAUCUCACACAACGGUUUAAAACGAGUCCUAGUCAGUGAAGGAAUCUCAGUAGAAAUAAGGAAAGCUCAGACAGUCUCACUUUUCCACUCAUCAAAUCGAAGAUUCGCUGCUUCUGUAGAACCUGUAGAUAUGAACGAAAGAAGUUGUUUAUGGUCGUCUCUGGGUGGCUCUGUGUGCGUGCCACUGCCUCCCAUACAAAUCGAUGGAUCAGCUUCACUGGUUGCCUUUAGGACUCCAUAUAAAGAUUCCCGAAUCAAGACUUCUUACUUAACCAACGAGGCAAUCCAGUUACUUCCAGAGAAAUGUUAUCAUAAAGCUCACACUUACAAGCAGAAUCAUCUUUCGACUGAUCUUCUUGGCUUGAAGAUUAAGAAGUUGGAAAGAGUUUUAAGCUCUUUAGGGAACAAGGGAAACGCGGAAACGGUAAGCUCUAUGACAGCUAAGUUAAAAGCAUCAGGCAUGGUACGGUUUCAGUUAGAGAUCGAGAGAAGAAUUGGAAGCAACGAGAGUGUGACAAGUAAAAGAUUAGAGUGGAGAACGAAACCGAAGAUCGAACGGGUUUGGUUCGAAGUAGCUGCGAAAGUCGAAGGUGAUAAGUUGAAAGCAGUUGGGAUGAGAAAAGUGGUGCCUUUCAUUGAAGUGGAUACAGAAGCAUGGAGCAGUUUGAUGUCUAAUAUGUCAUUCACUAAGUUCCCAUCAAUACUUGUUCCUCAAGAAGCUUUAACACUCGACGUCAAAUGGUAGACGCAACAUGAACACUUUGUAAGUAUAUAUAUGAAAGCAGGUUUUGUCUUCAAAGCCCUUUUGUUUUUUCUUUCUUUACGUUUUGAUAAUCUUUUAAAACUGAGAGUUACCAUCAUUUUGAUGAACUGUAUUUACUCUCCCUUGUAUAUAUAUACUUCGGGUUAGUUAUAAAAGAAUAUUUACCACGAAAAUUGGUAAA